AAAAAUACCUCACCUGAUAUUUUUUACAAUUAUUCAUAAUGAACGUUAUGGCGAAAUGUCAACCUUAACUUUGUYGCCCUGACCUUAAUUCAGUCCAAAACGUGCCGGUGUUUCUGACAACUUCUGAUCGAUACGGUUUAUUUUUUAGUCUACUUCAAAUUCAUUUUUUGUUACCACCUAUAAGCUGAAACCUCUACAAAGCUCAUGGAUACCCAAAAUGGUCAAUAAAUUUUGAUAUUAGCUCAUCUGAUCGGCGACAUUUGACCCAAAAGAAGAGAUUUACAGCUCUGAAUCGCUCCGUCUUUUUGUUGCCCGUCGUCCGCCAUUUUGUUUUCGAAGCAAUCACAAAAUUUCGCGCAUGCGCAGCGGUUUUUGAGCCGUGUCCUCGACACUCGACAUGCUACCCUCGACCCUCGACCCUCGACAAAAAGCCAAACUCAGUGGUCAGUCGUCUACUACAACAAGAACAUUCCUUCUUUUGUACUUACUCUUAUUGCCGAAGAAAUCGGACGGUUUUUUGGUUAUGGAGGCAGAACAAGAGAUCAAGACGAUGAAACUAUAUCAUGAUGUUGAAAGAAUUUAUAAAGAAUUGAAAGAGCUUGGGUAUAGUAUGACUGACCCAUUGAAAGUUGAAGAUGUAUCUAAAUUUGAUGAAUAUCACUAUUAUGGAACGAGUGCUGUGAUGGAAUGCAUCAAAAGGCUUGGAUUAAGUAGCUAUUCUGAAGACUUCUACAAACUAAGUGACUUUGAGUCAGCUGAAAUAAAAUCAUUACUGGAGGACGUGUAUGCCCCUUACCUUCCCUCAAAGGAUGAGUACAUUAAACAGAUGAAGGAUGCUGGGUUCACAGAUAUACAGUUUGAGGACUUGACCGACUCUUGGAGAACCUUUGUAAACAGUAGAUACAACAGCUUCAUUGCUGCAAAGGAGCGACAUGUGGGCGUUCUUGGCCAAGAGACAUAUGAUGCACUCUUUUACUUCUACAGUAAAAUAAACGCCAUUUUUAAUGAAUCUACUCAUGUGGGUGGAUGUCGAAUAAUAGCUUCGAAAGCAUGAGUGAUACAUUUUUUCUUAUAAGGUAAAAUAUAUUGACUAGAUUUAUAUAAAUGUCAUUAACAAUUAUUGUAGGAAAAAAUUACAUUCAUUUAGAAUAAAAAUUCACUGAUUU